UCAUUAUAAAUAUAUAUCAAAUGUGCAUCUCUAAUUCUCUAUAGAACUUACAAAGAUAUCAGUAUCUCCGACUCACUGUACUAAUCAAAGCCACCGAUAACCUUCAAGUGUGCAUCCAUAACCUUGAUAGAGCUAGAAAGAUGAAGUUUGAGAAAGAGAUGAAGUCACAAAUGGUGCCCGAAUGGCAAGGAGCUUAUAUGGAUUACACAUCCCUCAGGCUCAUACUUGAGGAUCUUAAACUUUUCAAAUUCAACACUCCCCCACAACAUCAUUCUCACGCCGCUACUCAUCAACAUCAGCACCACCAUCAUCAUAACCCCGUUGGUGCUGGAAUUUCUACUCUUUACAGAAGCUUUAGUGGUUUAGUGGUUGCUCGUAGUACCCCUAGCAUCACCACCUCUAAAAGUAUCAACGGUACUACAAUCAGUACUAAUAACGGCCAUCAUCAUCAUCAUCAUCAAAAUAAUAAUCACCAUCAUGGUAUAUUUCACCAUGACGAAGAACCAGCGAUAUUAGUGCAAUCAAUGCCAGGUCAUCAUCAUCAUGACUUAGAACAAGGAGUGCCUCAUGUGAAUCAAAAUCAUGAAAAGUAUGAGACAAAGUUCUUGAUGUCAAAUGAAGAUGGAGGAGAAUAUGAAGUGGCGUUCUUCAAGACACUUGAUGAGGAAUUCAACGCAGUUAACAAUUUUUACAGAGACAAAGUCGAUGAAGUUAUGAAUGAAGCUGCUGUUUUGACGAAACAAAUGGAUGCUUUAGUUGCUUUUAGAGUUGAAGUUGAGCAUCCUGAUCAAGGAAAGUUUGAACAGCUCUGUAAAGAAAUCGCCCGAUCUGCUUCGGCAUUUUCUGUCUCUUCGCCUAGGGGCGCCUCCAGGAGUACCGAAGGUUCCGUAACAGGGCACAUGGAAGUUAUACAAGAGAGUAAUGAAACAAGUACCCGCGGAAGUUCUGUCAGAGAAAUUGAACCGAGCAACGAUGAUGACCUGAAAGAAGAAACAGAUACUAAAGAGGAUGGCGAAGGUGAGGAGAAGCCAUUAGAGAUCAUAGUACCCGCUCAUUUGGAGAUUCUGAGUACUGUGAAGAUCAACAGCCCAUCUGGUACUGCACGUGCAACGAUAAAAGGCAUCCUCAAGAAGAAACGAAAGAACAAUUUGAGUUUCAAUAAGAAAAACUUAAAGAAAGCUGAAGAACAAUUACAGUGUGCAUUUGUUCAUUUCUAUCACAAACUUCAGCUUCUGAAGAGCUUCAGUUAUCUAAAUCUCUUAGCAUUUUCCAAGACCAUGAAGAAAUAUGACAAGAUAACAUCAAGACAUGCAUCAAAAAUAUACUUGCACAUGGUGGAUAACUCUUACAUCGGUAGCUCUGACGACGUUACCAGGCUGAUGGACAGAGUGGAGGCUUCAUUCAUCAAACACUUCUCGAAAUCUAACCGUAGCGAAGGCAUGAACAUUUUGAAAUCGAAAAAAAAGGAAGAAAGACAUGUAACUACAUUUUCCUCAGGUUUAUUUUCUGGCUGCGCAAUAUCGCUUCUUAUAUGCCUAAUUUUGGUCAUAAAUCUAAGAAAUGUCAUCAAGAAAGAUGGAUUUACGCAGUACAUGGAGACUAUGUUUCCACUCUACAGUUUAUUCGGAUUUCUAGUCUUCCACAUGCUCUUGUAUGCAGCAGCAAUAUACUUUUGGAAGCGGUAUCGAAUCAAUUACCCAUUCAUAUUUGGUUACAAGCAAGGAACAGAACUUGGAUACAGAGAAGUCUUUUUAUUAAGUACAAUUCUUGCAACAGCUGCACUUGCAUGUGUACUUGCUAACCUAGACAUGGAAUUGGAUAUAUCAACGAAAAAGUACAAAGCGAUCACGGAACUACUUCCUCUAGCAUUAGUUUCUGCAAUAGUUCUCAUAUUAGUUUGUCCAUUCAACAUUGUAUAUCGCUCUUGUCGUAUCUUCCUUCUGCGGACUACAUUCCGAGCUAUCAGUGCACCUUUGUACAGGGUUACUCUAUCGGAUUUUAUGUUGGCAGAUCAGCUAAGCAGUCAGGGCCAAGCUCUUAGAAGUGUUGCAUUUUAUAUUUGUUACUAUACUUCGGGUGAUUACAAAAGGAGAGAAACCAGUUGCAAAGCAGACAUUGUUUACAACUCAUUCUACAUCGCCUUAGCUGCAUUCCCUUUUUGGUUACGUGCCUUACAGUGUUUUCGACGAUAUUUUGAAGAAAAAGAUGGAAUGCAGGGAAUUAAUGGUUUCAAAUACUUAAGUAUUGUUCUGUCUGUGAGCAUGGUAACGGCUUACAGUAAAAGACCUAUAAUGGGACUGUACGUAAUGGCUUGGAUAUGCGCAAUCAGUGCAGCUAUCGUUGCUAUAUAUUGGGAUAUUGUUUUUGACUGGGGACUCCUACAGAAGAAUUCCAAGAACCCUUGGUUGAGAGACAAGCUUCUUGUUCCACAUAAAAGUGUUUAUUUCGGAAUAAUGGUAAUGGACGUGUUGCUGAGAUUUGCAUGGCUACAGACUGUGCUGAACAUUCAAGUUUCUUUCUUACAUAAAGAAGCCAUGGUUGUUGUUGUUGCAUGCCUAGAGAUCUUUCGCCGUGGUGUAUGGAAUUUCUUCAGGAUAGAGAAUGAACACCUAAACAACGUUGGCAAGUUUCGUGCCUUUACAACCGUGCCUCUCCCUUUCAACUAUCACGAAUUGGAAGAUAAAGAUGAGUGAGUAGCCAGUUUUCACUAGAGUGAGCCUCAUGAUGCGUAUCAUGAUCAGAAAAGUUAGACAAGAGGCUCAAGGAUGACAAUCGGAUGAAUCCUAGAGCUUGAUGAUGAUCAAGAAUGUAAGAACACCGAGACACCCUCAAGCGAGUACUUGAAAAAAGGGUAUAAAGAAUACCGGGCUUUGGAGAGAGAGAUUAGAGAGUAUAAAACCCAACAACUUUGGAACUAAGUGUUAAUUCCUACUUGUUUUUGGGGGAAGAUGCAAGUCUGUUAUUGAUCUUUGAUUUUUGGGGGAAGAAGCACAAAGCAACUGCACCAAAAAGAAGAGCGCGGACUAAAGCUAAGCCUGGCAAAAUUAGAACAAAGAGUUUAUAGUUUGACUCAACAACAUCUAGACCACAACAAUACCAGAAAAAAAGAAAAAAAAAACUUAUUUCUUCUUUGCAGGAGUCUUUUUGCUUCUUACCAUAUUCUCGGUGAACCAGGUUCUACGGGAGUAAAGUAAAGAAUCAAAGUCAAAAGCAUAGUUUGAUUCCGGCUCAAGCAAUAUGCUAGCAAUAUGUUCAAAUAGCUCAUGGAAGCAAUAUGCAAGCAAGUGUCGUUGUCGACCAAGAAAUGCUAACAUAAGUGACCAGUGAGGAGAACAUCUAUGUCUUCCUUCAUUGCAGGAUGUAUCAUCGGAGGUUGGGGGCGGUGAACUAAUAGCUCCAUCUCCAUGCUUAGCUAAGAUAUCCGGGUAAGCAUUACCCUUUAAAUGUAAGAAAACCGAAAAUUUAAGAAAAGCAAGUUCUCGAAAGUCAUUGCA